AUGAUCGGCGUCAGCAAUAUAACAAAUAGAACAGAUCCAAAUAGCCUUAAAUCCAGAGUAUUUGUUGGAAAUCUUAACACUGUUUCCAUGCCUAGGACCGAAGUAGAGGCAGCCUUUGCAAAAUACGGCCCUAUAAUUGGAAUAUCAAUUCACAAAGGAUAUGCUUUCGUCCAAUACGUUAAUGAAGUAGUUGCCCGUGCGGCUGUAGCAGGAGAGGAUGGUAAUUCUUAUUAUGGGAUGAAACUGGGUAAAUUCAUAUCCUAUUGUGCGUCUUUACGUCAUCCCCUUGUGAAAUACAGUUUCUUUUUUGUAGAUGUAACCAUAGCAUCUGAACCAAAGAACCGCAAGCGUGGCCGCUCUAACCCUGCUCAGCCCUUGUGCCCUGGGCUUAUGGAUUUAGCCUUACAAGUCCGCACGAUGGCAGCUGUUGGAGGGCAAUUGUCUAACCUCGCAUUGCCUGUAAAUACACAGACACCUGCUCUUUCACCCAAUGUUCCUGCUUCUGCAAGCAUAAUGGGCCAACCCAGCAAUGUUCAAUUAGGCCUCCCAACUACAUCAGUGUCUAGCCUACCUAGUUGUGUUCGGCAACCUCCUUGUGUUCCA